ACGUGGGCCGUGGGUCAUGCCAAGCCCAAGGUAUGUGAGGCCCGUGUUCAAUGUUCAAUGUUGUUGCCGUAAACGAGAUGCAUUCGAUCAUUUUCUGAAACCCUAAUCUGCGAAGAGAGACGCGCCGCGUGAAUCCUUCGUUCUCUGAUGAACCGUAUCAGGUAUUGUGCAAUCUCUGUUGGAAAUCGCUGUUAGCGUGCUUGAGAUAGUGGUAAGAAUCGGCGGGUACUGUUUUUCAUUCGGUCUUGAAUGUUCUUGUACUCUUGUUUCGAUUCUUUCUUUUGCAACACGUAACUCACUGUGUCGAUCUUCCGUGUGUGUGAAUUGUGAUUGUUGGGUUUAAACUUCUGUUGCUAUUUCACUGCGUUUGCUCUUUGUUAGAUUGGCCCAUUGACAGGGUUGCCAUAUACCAACAAUACCCUUAUUGACGAUAAGAUAGAUCAAAACGUCCGUCUGCAAAAUCCCUCACUUAAAUCUCAAACAGUAACGAGAAAUCUUGCAAGCGAGAGCUGGCGAACGGAGAAAUGGGCAGUUGGGUGGUGGAGGUGCAAGCUACAAAGUCCAUCUACAAAGUCCCUCCCUUCAUCUCAAAGACUAACAAGACAGCCUACAAGCCCCGACUGGUAUCGUUCGGGCCGUACCACCACGGGGAUCCUCAACUGGCAUGGAUGGAGGCUCACAAGAAACGCGCUCACCUCUGCUUCAUCAAUCGAUCAGGGCGAAACGAGCAAGAGGUCUAUGACAUCGUAGCGGAAAAGGCUCAAGACUUGAAGGACUCGUAUGAUUCCCUCGACUCUAAAUGGCAAGAUAACACCGAGAUAUUCGUGCAAAUGAUGAUCUUGGAUGGGUGUUUCAUGUUUGAAGUACUACAUGUCUCCCAGCAUUACGACUAUUAUUCCGAUUACGAUCCUGUCUUCGGCCCACAUGGGAAUGCCCAUGUCAUGCACUUGAUCAAGGCCGACAUGUUGUUGCUGGAGAAUCAGUUGCCAAUGUUACUUUUGCGCAUGCUCAUAGGUAUCCUAAGGAAAAAUGAGGAACCUGCUUUACCCCUCCAGCUUCUCGACCCCAAGCCUGACAAGUUCCCACAGAUGGGUAAAUGUUUGCACGUGCUUGACCUCUACCGCAAGGGCCUACUCCAACCUUGCAACGAACAUGGAAAUGCAGCCCCCCAAUCCGCAAAUCAAGGCGAAGGCGACCCAAAGAUGGGCAAAUAUUUGCACAAGCUUCACCUCUGCUGGAAGCGCCUACUCCACCCGCACAACAAACUCGGAUAUGCAGUUCAAAAUCAAACAGAAGAAAAUAACAAGACUGUCGGCCACAACGUCCUCCGCCCAGCCACAGAGCUCCAUCAGGCCGGCGUCUCCUUCAAGAUAAGCAAAGGUCUCCAGGACAUCUCCUUCGACGUCGACUGCGGCGUUUUGAAACUUCCCAAUUUCUUAGUUGAAGACCUUACCGAAUCAAUUUUCUUGAAUAUCAUAGCCUUCGAACGUUGCCACGUCGGCUCUGGCAGCGGCUUCACUUCGUUCGUCGCGUUCAUGGACUGCAUCGUCGACGACAGUGAGGAUAUCAAACUUUUGAGCUCGAAUGGUAUUAUCGACAACUUCAUUGGGACCGACAAGGAGGCAGCCGAAUUGUUCAACACGUUGGCCAAGGAUUUGAUCAUUUCGACUGACGAACUUCUCAAGGUGUACGAGGAUCUCAUCAACUACAGCAACAAGCGCAGAAAUAAAUGGCGUGCCAAUCUAAUUCAAACUUACUUCAAAAAUCCGUGGGCAAUUGUUUCUGUCAUCGCAGCUUUUUUCAAUCUGAAUUGACGUGAGACCAA